UUCGGCGACUAGAGCAAGCAGCAUGUCUCUGUCGGCGUGUCGCCAUGCCUUGCGCCACCGUGGCUCAAUCAUUCUUCUCCGACACAGUAGCACCGCAGCAGCUUUGAAGCAGAAGCCGAUCGCCGUGAUAACACCAGCAGAAGGGACAAUCUCCGAUGCUCGCCAUGCGUACAACAGCUCAGCGCGGUGGCAACAGCAAGCGGCAGCCGGGCAGGGAGAGGAAGGGUGGACUGGAGGCGACGGCGGCGAACGAGGAGGCCAUGCAGGAGCUAGAAUACUCGGCAUUGCAGUGUUCUCGUCCCUAGUAGGAGCUACGGCAUGCCUGGGAACGUGGCAGGCAAUGCGCUACUCGUGGAAGCUGGACUUGAUCGAAAGCAGGAGGGCCAAAAUGGAGUUGGAGCCCGUCGAUCUUCCUGAAGGCCUAGAAGGCGCCGCACUGGCUACGAUGAUGGAUGUCUUGGACAAGGAAGCGGAUGGGAAGGCGUCGAAGGGGCCGAACGGAGAGACUCUGGGGGGGAGUGAGGAGGGCAAAGGUUUGCUCGGGAGUCUGGAGGGCAGGCGGUUGCGGGUGACCGGGGUUUUCGAUCACGGCAAGGAGGUGCUAGUCGCAAAGCAAAGGAUUACAUCAGUUUUUUCUGCCACUGCGGCCUAUUUUCCAGGACCGAGAGGAGCUCCACCGGGAAUGAAGGCAACGUCGGGACCGUCCUCCAUGGCCCCGAGCCCCAUGGGCGACUUCGUCUACACACCGCUCAAGAGGGGAGACGGCUCCGUGGUGCUUGUGAACCGGGGAUGGGUAUCUCGCUCAAAGGGGCUCCAAUGGUCUCGCCCGGAGGGAGAAGUCACCAUGGUUGGCGUCUUGAAGGCCGCGGAGAAGCGGUCCACGUUUUCUCCUGACAAUAAGCCCGAGACCCGCCACCUGCUGUGGGCGGAGAAGGCUGCGCUGCUGCAGGCGGCGGGGUUGGGCCGACACGGUGCCGGGGAGGGGGUGCAGUCGGUGCCCAUAUUGAUGGAAGCGGUCGGCGAAGAGGACGGCGACAAGAAGACCAUGCCCAUGGCGAAGACGCCUAAACACUUCGGGGAUUUCUACGUCACGCCCCAGACUCACCUCAUGUACUCGGCCACCUGGUGA